GUGUUUAAAGGGGUGUAGGUAGGGUAGCAUACCUUGAUACACACACGCCCCACUCCAUCACCCUCACUCUGCUUUCUGACUCCACAACAGACAACAUGAGGACUUCUCUGUGUCUCCUGACCACUCUUCUCCUCUGCUAUCACCAUGCCAUUCAUGGAGCUUCUCUUCAAGCGCAGAAGGGACCCAAUUGUAGAACCCGACCCACCGACAUACUGUUCAUCAUAGACAGCUCACGUAGCGUUCGCCCCUCUGAAUUUGAGCAAGUCAAGGUUUUCCUGUCCCAGGUCAUCGAGUCGCUGGAUGUCGGAUUCAAUGCAACCAGAGUGGGGUUAGUGAACUAUGCCAGCACUGUGAAAAAUGAAUUUUCUCUCAAAACACACAAAGCAAAGGCAGCACUUCUUCAAGCUGUGAAAAAAGUUCAGCCACUCUCAACUGGCACAAUGACAGGCCUUGCUAUUCAAUAUGCUAUGAACAAUGCCUUCACAGAGUCUGAGGGGGCCCGAUUAAAGUCACCUGGCAUCAAUAAGGUUGCAAUCAUUGUUACAGACGGCAGGCCCCAGGACGCUGUUAAAGAUAUCUCUGCACGGGCAAGAGAAAGUGGAUUAGAAAUAUAUGCUAUCGGAGUAGGACGCGUUGAUAAGAACACCCUGCGUCAGAUUGCCAGCGAACCCCUAGAUGAACAUGUUGACUAUGUGGAAAGUUACAGUUUGAUUGAGAAGCUUAGCAAGAAAUUUCAGGAAGCAUUCUGUGUAACGGCUGACCUAUGUUCUACUGGAGAUCAUGACUGCGAACAAAUCUGUGUCAGCACCCCAGGUUCCUACACUUGUGCCUGUAGGGAUGGUUUCACCCUAAAUGAAGAUGGCAAGACUUGCAACACCUGUGGAGCUUCUGCUGUUGACUUGGUUUUCCUUAUUGAUGGCUCUAAGAGUGUACGUCCUGAGAAUUUUGAACUCGUCAAGCAGUUCAUCAACCAGAUUGUGGAAUCUAUGGAUGUAGGAGACGCUAGGGCUCAUGUGGGCUUAGUGCAAUAUUCCAGUUCAGUAAGACAAGAGUUCCCCCUGGGCAGGUAUAGCUCUAAAAAAGACAUUAAAUCUGCAGUAAAGAAAAUGUCCUACAUGGAAAGGGGUACCAUGACAGGUCAGGCCCUGCAGUAUCUUGUCGACAACAGCUUUGCCAUCUCCAGCGGAGGUAGACCAGCUGUACCCAAAGUUGGCAUUGUCUUUACUGAUGGGCGGUCCCAGGAUUACAUCAAUGAUGCUGCUGUCAGAGCCAAGGAGCUGGGUUACAAGAUGUUCGCUGUUGGUGUUGGCAAUGCUGUGGAAGAAGAGCUCAGAAUGAUUGCUUCUGAACCCGUGGCUGAGCAUUCCUUCUAUACAGCUGAUUUCAAGGCAAUGAAGGAGAUUGGCAAGAAGCUUCAGAUGAAGAUAUGUGUGGAAGAAAACCCAUGCGAGUGUGAGUCCAUAGUCAAGUUCCAGACCAAGGUUGAAGGUCUCAUCCAGCAACUAACAAAAAAGAUUGAAGCAGUAUCCAAGAAACUCGCUGCUUUAGAGAACAAAAUCACUGUGUGAGCCUACAUGCCACAUAGAAAUCUACAGGACCCACAAAAAUCUUCUCUUCUCAUCUCCAUCUUUAUCUUCAUGUCAUUUUGAGACGAUGCCAACAAGUAAACGAUCCUUUUUGGCUACAUAAGAAGUGCCUUUAGCAUCAACAUUCUACCACAUGGUGAAUGCAAUGUGUGAGAGACUUUCUGCUAUGUAACGUCCCUAUUGGUGAAACGACAUACUGCACCCUUUAACAUUUGCGUGCUAACGAAUGUGCAGAAACACAUAUACCUUUGAAAUAUAAACACCCAUUCACAAACAUAUAUUUGUGUAUCCAACGUAUAUAAAUAAGUAUUUAUAUGUAUAUAGAGACAUGUAUGUACAUACAUAAGCAAUUACCCACAUACAUAUAUAUAUACAGUACAUGCACCAUUUUAAAACAGAAGAAAAUUAAGCAUAAUAUAUGUGUGGGUGUAUGCAGUAUCAUAAUGUAGAAUCAACUGGUUAAUACGGGAUAUUAUCUAGUGAUAGUUUAAUAUAUUGCUUAUGGAUUACUCCAGCCAACCUCUAAUGUAAACUGGGCAUAUUGAUAUUGAUAUUGACAGUAAAGCCUUCCCUUGCAAUGCCAGAAUGUGUCAUUAUUUAUUAGUGAAUACCCAUGUGUAGGUACUAAAUUUGCACAUCCGAUGAAUGUUAUUGAAAAAAAAACUGAAAAAUAAUUAUUUCUUAUAUUAUCAUUAUAUAAAAAAUAACUGACUUCCUUUUGAAAGAUGAAUUCUUAAAAUCCCGCUGUAUCUUCUAGUACUAUAGUUUUUUAUAAUUCUCUUAAUAUUCUCUUUACAAUUCAUUGCUUUAUGGAUUCCGACUGAAAAGUGCUCAUUAGCUGUGAUAUCACUACGAUGUCAUCAAUUUGAUGGUGUUACUUUGUUUACAUGUAUUCUCCGCUCCCUUCAUGCAAAUAUAUCUAUGCAGGCAUAUCUGUGUAUAUAAAUAUAUUUGUGUUUGUGCCCCAAAAUGUUUCUGUGUGCAUAUCAAACCUAAAAAGUAAUAUAUAAAAAUGUAUAUAAAUAUAAAAUAUAUUUGAUUUUU